UCAGAGCUAUACAGUCUUAUGAGCACACAUGCAAACAUGAAGGAACUUUUUGGUAGCGUUUUACUAAGCCUUCUCACAUUUGUAUCAUCUACCAAUGCAGGUUCCCACUCUCUGUGCUCGGUGGCGACGUUCAUCAUCGGAGAGACGCCUUUCCCUGAGUUCACCGUCCUGAUCAUGCUGGAUGAUAUAAUAGUCUCAAGCUACGAUUCAGACCAGCAAAAGACAGUUAUGCGAAUAGACAGAGCAAUAAACGAUGAAGAGCAGUAUUUUUCGAAAUUGAUAUUCGGAGCACUGCAAAAAGAAAUGCAAACACGAGCACAUCAUCUGAAGCAGCACUUCAACUGCUCCAAAGGUGUCCAUGUGGAACAGAGGCUGGAGUGUUGUGAAUUGUUGAGCAAUAACGUGCAAGGACAAAUGAAGAUGAUUGAUUCUUUCAACGGCUUGAGUGGAUUUGAGAUGGACUAUAAUAUACACCAGCAUUCGCUGCACGCCGACAUGACGUGGCCUAUAGCCUUUGACACGUCCAAGUAUGAGCAUCACAAAGCAUUGUACCUCCAUUUCCUGCAACCUUUAUGCACCACAGCAUUACAUGAAUUACUUAAAACUUUGAAGAACUAUGUACUGAGGAAAGUGAAGCCCAAAGUGAGACUCAUGAAGCAACUCAACUCGGACUCCGGAGGUGCUCGUCUGACCUGCCUGGCCACCGGGUUUUACCCACGACACAUCAACGUGACGCUGCUGAAAGAUGGCCAGGGCGUACCUGAGGACCUCAUCACUACGGGAGAUCUUUUGCCUAAUGCAGAUGGAACCUAUCAGAUGAGAAAGACUGUAGAGAUCAGUGCUGAAGAGCUCCAACAGAAGCACAACUACACCUGCACUGCUACGCACCUCAGCCAAGACAACAAAAUGAACGUCUACUGGGCCACGGAGGAUGAGACGUGUGAAAAGUAGGACAAGAAUCAUUGGGACACUAAAACAAAUUGUAUAAGCUGAGUGCAAAAAAAAAUUAGUUUUGUAUUCAGUUUUUUAUGUUUAUUUUCACUCACUCUCACUCAUCUUCUACCGCUUAUCCGAACUAUCUCGGGUCACGGGGAGCCUGUGCCUAUCUCAGGCGUCAUUGGGCAUCAAGGCAGGAUACACCCUGGACGGAGUGCCAACCCAUUGCAGGGCACACACACACACACUCUCAUU